AUGGGGUUUGAAUACAAAGUCCAGAACGGCAAAAAGCUACAUGGUCGUGUCUUGAAUUGGGCCAUUGGCUUUGUUGCAGGCUGUGGUUUUAUGUUCGGUUAUGACCAAGGUGUCAUGAGUUCUUUGCUGACGCUCGAUGAUUUCCAACGACAAUUCCCUACUGCUACUCCUCACUCAGAUGCUAACCCUCUCUGCGAGCAAGAGGGUAUGUGUACUGGUACUCCUGAGCUGCAAUCGAACAUGGUCAGCAUUUAUCAAAUUGGUUGUUUCUUGGGCGCUGUUCUUGUCUUGUUUUAUGGCGAUUCGUGGGGCCGUCGUAGCUCUACCUUUUGGGGCACUAUAAUCGUCACCUUGGGUACCGUUGUUCAAGCAUCCUCGCACGAUUAUGGUACUCUCUGCUUUGGUCGUAUCUUUGGUGGUAUCGGCAACGGCAUGGUCACGUCUACGAUCCCUACCUGGCAGAGUGAAUGUGCAAAGCCUGAAGAUCGUGGUUUCCUUAUCAUGAACGAAGGCAUGCUUAUCGGUUUCGGCAUUAUGAUCUCAUACUGGGUCGACUAUGGCUUCUAUUUCUUGGAAGGCAGUAUCCGAUGGCGUUUCCCCAUUGCUUUCCAAGCUGUUUUCUCCCUUAUUGUCAUUGCCGGUGUCUUCAUCCUUCCUGACUCGCCCCGUUGGCUGUUGAAAAAGAAUCACACAGAAGAAGCUCGUGAAGUCGUUGCUCGCUUGGCUGAUGAAGAAGUUGAUAGCGAAAAAGUGGCUGAAGAAAUGGCCAUUCUCGAACACACCUUGGCCCUGGAAGGUCAAAAGUUUUCGUACCGUGAAUUUUUGCGCCAUGGCAAUGUUCAGCAUUUCCGUCGUAUGGUUCUUGGUGUCGUUGCCCAGGCCAUGCAGCAAUACUGUGGUAUCAACCUCAUCACGUAUUAUGCUACCAUGCUUUUCGAACAAUCCCUUGGUUUCGAUGCAGCCAUGUCUCGUCUUUUAGCUGCUGUCAAUGGUACUGAAUACUGGAUGUCUGCCGUCGUUGCCAUGUUCUUUGUCGAACGCUAUGGCCGUCGUAAGCUUAUGUUUGUCGGCUUGGUAGGUAUGAUGGCAUCCAUGGCCGUAUUGGCUGGAUGUCUGAGUGCCGGUUGGUAUGAUGAGUUUGGUUCAUUGAUUGUCCCUGAAGUUGAAGGCUACGUCGGUACUGUUACCCUUUUCACCUUCAACACCUUCUUUGCUAUCGGUUUCCUUGGUAUGACCUGGUUGUACCCUGCCGAAAUCAACCCUCUUCGUACCCGUGUCCAGGCCAACGCCUUGUCGACAUGUUCGAACUGGAUUUCAAACUAUGUCAUUGUCAUGAUCACUCCACCUGCCAUUUCCAACAUUGGUUACGGUAUCUAUGUUAUCUUUGCCAUCUUUAACUUUUUGUUUAUUCCUAUCGUUUACUUCUGGUAUCCCGAAACCAAGGGCCGCUCUCUGGAAGAGCUGGACGUUAUGUUCGCAAAGGCUAACGAACAAAAUAUCUCGCCCGUCAAGAUGGCCCAGAUCAUGCCCAAACUCGAAGGCCAUGAGCUUGAACGUGAAUUGGCUCGCUACUUUGAUGAUGGCAGCACUUCUGGUUCCAACAACGAUCAAGAAAAGGUGCAACAACCUUCUUCUGGUUCGUUCGUUGAGGACGUCAAGAACGAAAAAUGA